GCUGGUGCGGCGCUACAAGCUGGCGAUUGCCACGGCGCUGGCCAUCCUGCUGCUGCAGGGCCUGGUAGUGUGGAGCUUCAGCGGCCUGGAGGAGGACGAGGCGGGCGAGGAACAGGGAGUGACGCCGAAGGAGAGAACUGGAGUCUUCCCGAGGUGUGGCUUCCUCAGCCGGGGGUUUGAAGAACCUGGAUGGGUCUCCGGAGGGCAGGGAGAGGAGGACCUGAGCUGAAAGGAAGGCAGAGGAAGCCACGGCCACUGGACCCUGGCGAGGGUUCCAAGGACACAGACAGUUCAGCAGGGCGACGGGGCAGCACAGGCAGAAGGCAUGGGCGCUGGCGGGGCCGUGCUGAGAGCCCAGGAGUGCCCGUGGCCAAGGUGGUACGGGCAGUAACCAGCCGGCAGAGAGCCAGCCGGCGGGUCCCACCUGCCCCACCCCCGGAAGCCCCAGGCCGCCAGAACCUGAGUGGGGCAGCAGCUGGGGAGGCGCUGGUAGGGGCAGCUGGCUUCCCACCACACGGAGAUACAGGGAGCGUGGAGGGCGCCCCCCAGCCCACGGACAAUGGCUUCACCCCCAAGUGCGAGAUCGUGGGCAAGGACGCACUGUCUGCACUGGCCCGGGCCAGCACCAAGCAGUGCCAGCAGGAGAUCGCCAAUGUGGUGUGCCUGCACCAGGCUGGGAGCCUCAUGCCCAAGGCUGUGCCCCGGCACUGUCAGCUGACUGGGAAGAUGAGCCCCGGCAUCCAGUGGGAUGAGAGCCAAGCCCAGCAGCCCAUGGAUGGCCCCCCGGUGCGAAUCGCCUACAUGCUGGUGGUUCACGGCCGCGCCAUCCGCCAGCUGAAGCGUCUCCUCAAGGCCGUUUAUCACGAGCAGCACUUCUUUUACAUCCAUGUGGACAAGCGUUCCAACUACCUGCACCGGGAGGUGGUGGAGUUGGCCCAGGGCUAUGAUAACGUGCGGGUGACGCCCUGGCGCAUGGUUACCAUCUGGGGCGGGGCCAGCCUCCUGAGGAUGUACCUGCGGAGCAUGCGGGACCUGCUAGAGGUGCCUGGCUGGGCCUGGGACUUCUUCAUCAACCUCAGUGCCACUGACUAUCCAACCAGGACCAAUGAGGAGCUGGUGGCAUUCCUAUCCAAGAACCGGGACAAGAAUUUCCUCAAGUCACAUGGCCGGGACAACUCCAGGUUCAUCAAGAAACAGGGCCUGGACCGGCUCUUCCAUGAGUGCGACUCACACAUGUGGCGCCUGGGCGAGCGGCAGAUCCCAGCAGGCAUUGUGGUGGAUGGCGGUUCUGACUGGUUCGUGCUGACACGCAGCUUUGUGGAGUAUGUGGUGUACACAGAUGACCCGCUUGUGGCCCAGCUACGCCAGUUCUACACAUACACACUGCUCCCAGCCGAGUCCUUCUUCCACACGGUGCUGGAGAACAGCCUGGCCUGUGAGACCCUCGUGGACAACAACCUGCGGGUCACCAACUGGAACCGCAAGCUGGGCUGCAAGUGCCAGUACAAGCACAUCGUGGACUGGUGCGGCUGCUCCCCCAACGACUUCAAGCCACAGGACUUCCUCCGGCUGCAGCAAGUCUCCAGACCCACCUUCUUCGCCCGGAAGUUCGAGUCGACUGUGAACCAGGAGGUGCUGGAAAUCCUGGACUUCCACCUGUACGGCAGCUACCCCCCCGGCACGCCAGCCCUUAAGGCCUACUGGGAGAACACCUACGACGCGGCUGAUGGCCCCAGUGGGCUCAGUGAUGUCAUGCUCACUGCUUACACAGCCUUCGCCCGCCUCAGCCUGCACCAUGCCGCCACUGCUGCACCCCCAAUGGGCACCCCACUCUGCAGGUUUGAGCCCAGGGGCUUGCCGUCCAGCGUGCACCUGUAUUUCUAUGACGACCAUUUCCAGGGCUACCUGGUGACGCAGGCGGCGCAGCCCUCAGCCCAGGGGCCGGCAGAGAUGCUUGAGAUGUGGCUGAUGCCCCAAGGGUCGCUGAAGCUGUUGGGGCGCAGUGACCAGGCCAGCCGGCUCCAGAGUCUGGAGGUUGGCACUGAUUGGGACCCCAAAGAGCGUCUUUUCCGGAACUUUGGGGGGUUAUUGGGGCCGCUGGACGAGCCUGUGGCCGUGCAGCGCUGGGCCCGGGGCCCCAACCUCACAGCCACAGUGGUCUGGAUCGACCCAACCUAUGUGGUGGCCACAUCUUAUGACAUCACAGUAGAUACGGAGACUGAGGUCACGCAAUACAAGCCCCCACUGAGCCGGCCCCUGCGGCCAGGGCCCUGGACUGUUCGACUCCUUCAGUUCUGGGAACCGCUGGGUGAGACCCGCUUCCUUGUGCUGCCCUUGACCUUCAACCGCAAACUACCUCUCAGGAAAGAUGAUGCCAGCUGGCUGCACGCAGGGCCACCCCACAACGAGUACAUGGAGCAGAGUUUCCAGGGCCUGAGUAGCAUCCUGAACCUGCCUCAGCCGGAGCUCGCGGAGGAGGCUGCCCAGCGGCACACACAGCUCACAGGCCCUGCGCUCGAGGCCUGGACAGACAGGGAACUGAGCAGCUUCUGGUCCGUGGCUGGACUGUGUGCCAUAGGCCCCUCUCCCUGCCCCUCCCUGGAGCCCUGCAGACUGACCAGCUGGAGCUCUCUGUCCCCCGACCCCAAAUCAGAGCUGGGGCCUGUCAAAGCAGACGGGCGACUCAGGUAGCAGGGCCCCAGCCAGUACCCGUGGAGGACCCAGGAAAUUGCACCUUACAGACAGUGGAGGGGUGUCCCCUCCCACAGGCAAGAACCAGAGGCCCAGGCUGCACACCCAUUUCAGCCAUCAAGAACCCACACAGACGGCAGGGAAGGUGGACACAGUAUGAACUACUGCUGAUGUCUCUGUUGGGGAUCAGAGGGCUGGCGGGAACGUGAGAAGGGCGCCAGCAGCAUUCCACACCCAGCUCUUCCUCACCUUCCUGUCUAGUUUGAAUUUCUUUUUUUUCUUUUUUUUUAAUUUAAAAAGGAAAAUGGGUGGUUGGGAGAGAAACUAGAACAGAAGAUGUGCAAUAGGGCUCAGAGCAGCCCCAGGAAGUGGGCCAUGUCUGUGGGGAGCAGGGGCUUGCUGAGCCCACCUGCUAUUGUUCUGCACAAGGCUGGGCCUGCCUCACUCUCCAGGGCCUCAUGCCCCAUUCUGGGCCUGUGGUGCUCGUGGCUGAGGCUCCACAGGGCUGCAAGUGCUCUGCUAGGCUCUAAGGCCCAAAGAACAGGUGAUACCGGGGGCACUGCAGAGCUGGGCUCUAGCAGGACAGUUCUUUUGUAGCCAGGGGACCCUAGAAGUGGGGUGGGGCGGCUCCAGGGCUUUCCAGCAUACCCUGCCCCUGGAUGGGAAAGGCAGGGUCAGGGCCCACUGAGACCCAUGCAGAGUUUCCAGGUGUGCACUGGAAGUGAGGUCACAUGAGCAGCGUGGGAAGAAGACUCUGUCAAGACUCUCAGAAGAACCUGGAGUAAUUGUGCCUGAAGCUCAGCGUGAAGUCUGAAAUAUGCAACAGAAGAAAUAUAUCUCUAUCUCUCUA